UAACUUUAGCCACAAUCGCAGUGGCAUCAGCCCAAUAUGAUUAUCAUGAACCAGCUGGCGCUGCACCAGUACCACAACAAGAAUAUUUACCACCCGUACAACAUGCCCCAGCUGCAGUACACCAUGCUCCAGCUGUCAGCCAUGCUAGUGGUGGUGGAUUCGGUGGUGCCGUAGGUGGUGGACACCAUGGUGGUGGUGCUGGAUUCGGUGGUGGAGCUGUUGGCGGUGGACAUCAUGGCGGUGGUGGAUUCGGUGGUGCUGUUGGUGGAGGACAUCAUGGUGGUGCUGGAUUCGGUGGUGCUGUUGGUGGUGGACAUCGUGGUGGUGCUGGAUUCGGUGGUGCCGUUGGUGGAGGACAUCAUGGUGGUGCUGCUGUUCAUCAUGCCCCAGCUCCAGUACAUCAUGCCCCAGCCCCAGUUCCACAACAAGAAUACUUACCACCUGUAGCACAUGCCCCAGCUCCAGUACAUCACGCUCCAGCUCCAGUACAUCAUGCCCCAGCUCCAGUACAUCAUGCUCCAGCUCCAGUACAUCAUGCUGCCCCAGCUGUUAGCCACGGUGGUGCUAUCGGUGGUGGAUUCGGAGGCGGUCAUGGUGGUGCCGUUGGUGGCGGAUUCGGUGGUGGACAUGGUGGUGCUGGUUUCGCCGGAGGUGCCGGUGGAUUCGGCGGUGAUUCACAAGGUCAAUUACAUGGUGAUGGUUACCGUUACCGCUCUGCCAAAAAAACAGCCAGACGCCACAGACAUUAGAAAACUGAUUUAACGUAACUUUUUUUAAAUUUUCUCAAAUUAAAUAUGCAUUAUGUUAAA